GUUGUUCCGGUAUCUGAAGUCUUAAUAGGGCCAAAUAUUGCAGAAUGUUGCUCGCUUCUCUUCAAACUAAAUACGUUUUAAAUUGCGUGGAAGAAGCUUCGAAUGCUGUGUUUGGGACGACCUUUACUCACAUCUCGUCCUGUGUUUCUUGAACACCAUAAAUACGAUGGAUGAGUCCAAAUUAAUUUCACCCAAAGAGUCUAUUUCAGCUCAGUUCUUGGAAGAGACAGGAGCUCCUAACAAAUUUCAGGACAAUUGCCAUGAGUUUGAAUGUAUUCGCAGAGUAAAAGGAGAUGGGAAUUGCUUUUACAGGGCCCUGUGCUUCCAACUUCUAGAAUCACUGCUGAGUAAUGAAAGUGAUAUGCAAAGAUUUAAGGACAAACUGAUAAGAGGUCAACAAGAGCUGUUAACUGCAGGGUUUGAUGAAAGUACCUUUAAGGAUUUCCUUAGUACUUUUCUCAGUGUAUUGGAUCAACUUGAAGCAGAUGGCUGUGAAGAGACUCUUCUGGGGCUCUUUAAUGAUCAGGCUACCUCAGACAGCAUGGUGAGGUACCUGAGGCUCUUCACCUCAGCACACCUGCAGAACCACGCUGAUUUCUUCCAACACUUUGUGGAGGCCCCCAAUUUAAAAGUUUACUGUACUCAGGAAGUCGAAGCCAUGGGCAUGGAGAGUGACCAUGUAGAGAUUCUGGCUCUGUCUCAAGCACUGGACAUUAGUCUAUGUAUUAUAUCUGUGGAGGGCAGUGAUGGUCAUCUUGUAUACCACAACAUCACAGGAGGAUCCAGCUCUUCCCUGUACCUUCUCUACAAGACAUUUCACUAUGACAUUCUCUACAAGCAUCGAGAUAACCAACAGCCGAGCUUUCAAGAGGAUUUUUAACACUGCUGACUGAAAGACAAUGAUCAGUCGACAGUUUUACCAAGAGACUGUUGUUGCAAAAAAGUACUUUUAAUUUUGAGUACAAUUACAAUGUGUGUUUUGUUCAGAAAUUUCACAUUGAUCUCAUCUGUAACCAUAAUUAAUUUCCAUGUGAUAUUCUGAAAGUCCAUUAUAUCAUUCUCUUCUAAAACA